UGGGAGGAAAGGCGGGGACAAACUACUCAUUACUAGAAAAAGUAAUCCCGUUACUGCCACCAACUGUCAGGACCAUCUAGCAAACUGGUGCGCACUGCUAUUGGACGUGUGGAGGGCUGGGCUCCAGCGCCCCGCCGCCCCGCCGCCUGUUAUUCCACCGCAGCGAGCGCGCACGGCCAGUCGUCCCUCGGUGCGCACUGGAUAUGGAUCAGGACGCAGCGCGCCUCCCUGCUGCUGUCUCCCGCCGCUGCGGCGCAUAGAACAGAGGUGUCCAGAUGAACCGCCGCCCUCCUGGCUCCUCCGGCGUGCAAUGGCUUAACAGGAGAGACAUGAGUGUCCGGACGGAGGACAGCAUCACCUUGUGCCAAAGGGCUCUCCAGAUCGUUACGGAACUUUGUCUCACGGGGCACGUUGACCGGGAGAAAUGCUCGGAUAUAUUCCCGCUGGAGAGCAACAUACCAGGUAAAGGACACGCAGACAUCUCUAUUAGUCUCCUUGCUGUGGUCGUGGGUUUCUGUGGCCUCGCCCUGUUGGUAGUCUCUCUCUUUGUCUUUUGGAAGCUGUGCUGGCCCAUUUGGAGGAGCAAGGCUCUGCCAACCCAUGUCGAAAAUGGCCUCCACGUGGGAUUCCCCGACAUGCCUCCGACUGCAUCGCCGCCGGUCACCGAGUGCAAAGUGGCUGAGGUGGAGAAGAAGUACCCGCUGGAGAUGAAGGUGAACGGGCGGAGCACUGUGAAGCUCCUGGAGGCGGCCAUGAAGAUCAGCCAGACGUCUCCGGACAUCCCCGCCGAGGUGCAGACCGCCCUGAGGGAGAAGCUCAGCCAGCAGGCUAAGAUCCAGAGGCAGACCACCGAGCCAACCUCCUCCUCCAGGCACAAUUCAUUCCGGCGCCACCUGCCUCGCCAGAUGAAUGUCACCAGCUUUGACUUCACCAUGGACACGGUGCCGCUGCGACAGUCGUCGACAGCGAGCAUCGGAAGGAUAAAACCCGAACUCUACAAGCAGAAAUCUGUGGACUCGGAGGACGAGGCCAAAGGGCCCGUGGAGACCUGCGGAAAGCUCAGCUUCUCGCUGCGAUACGACUACGAGGAGCAGGCGUUGGUGGUGAGAAUCCUCAAGGCCUUGGACCUGCCCGCCAAAGACUUCACGGGCACCUCCGACCCGUACGUGAAGAUCUACCUGCUGCCGGAGAGGAAGAAGAAGUUCCAGACGCGCGUCCACCGCAAGAACCUGAACCCCAUGUUUGACGAGACCUUCUGUUUCCCCGUGGUGUACGACGAGCUGUGCAACCGCAAGCUGCACUUCAGCGUCUACGACUUCGACCGCUUCACCAGCCAUGAUAUGAUUGGCGAGGUGGUGGUGGACAACCUCUUUGAACUCUCCGACCUCUCCAGAGAGGCGGUCGUGUGGAAGGACAUUCACGCGGCGACUACGGAGAGCAUCGACCUGGGAGAGAUCAUGUACUCGUUGUGCUACCUCCCCACAGCAGGGAGAAUGACCCUAACAGUCAUCAAAUGCAGAAACCUCAAAGCCAUGGACAUCACAGGCUCCUCAGACCCUUAUGUGAAGGUUUACCUGAUAUGUGAUGGACGGAGGUUAAAGAAGCGAAAAACAACCACCAAGAAAAGCACACUCAACCCGUCGUACAACGAGGCCAUCAUCUUCGACAUUCCCCCGGAGAACGUGGAACAAGUCAGUCUGUCCAUCAUGGUGAUGGAUUACGAUCGGGUCGGACACAAUGAGGUGAUCGGCGUGUGUCACACCGGGCCGGAUGCUGAGGGUCUUGGACGAGAUCACUGGAACGAAAUGUUGGCUUACCCACGGAAGCCCAUCACACACUGGCACGCUCUGGGAGAGGAAAAAACAGUGGCCGGGCAGAGCAGCAAGCUUUGAGAGUCAAGCCUCGUGUCCUUCACCCAAACCUCCACAGACACCUUGAGGCUCACAGGUAGAGUGACGACAGCACCUCUGUAAGAAACCAGACGUUUGUUAAGAGUUGCUGGGAAGGUGUGUUGAGUCUCUCGUGAGCAUGUUGUAUGAAAAUUAAAUUCAUCCCGACUCGUUUCUGUCGUGUUCACGCAGGUUUUUGUUCAAAUUGUUUUCAUUCACUCAUCUUGAACUCUGAUUUUUCAAGUGCUCUACAGAGCUGGCUAUGCACAGCACUCACUGUCACUCAAUUCAAGGGUUUGUUUUUCAUACAUCUGCUUUGAAAUUCUCAGAAAGGCUUCAUUUACACAGACCAUAUGAAUGGCAGGCCUCGCUGCAAGAAGUCCUCAGCAAUUCACUUGAAGCUGUAUCACUCUCAAUACGUUGAGCAACAUUUUUUUCUGGCCCUAAGAGCUCUUUAGUGAGUUAGCAUUUUACAUUGAAAUGGCGCAAAACUAAAGGGCUGCACUGCUCAUUGCCAUGAAAACAUUUGCUCGAUAACAACAGUCAGUAGCUGAAGAAUGCAGGUAAUUUAGCGACAACAAGGGCUGGGUGAGUCGCUCUUAAAAUACAUCAGUCGCAACUGUCAACGACGUGUAAAAAACGGCCAUUAACCAGCCAUUGUUACCUACAAGGGACGUCAAUGGGACUCUCAGAUGUAGCAGAUACAUGUAGCACGCAUAUGUACAGAGAGGUCAAAUCACAUGUGUUGGAAAUAACUUUAAAUGUGUUUCUAAACACCUGACAAACACAGCAGAUGAAAUUCAGAGCAUAAAAACAGGGCUUUGGACGCACAUGUGCCCAAAAAUCUGUGAUGUCCGACUGGGCGUUUUCAUUGGUCGCACUGGUACACCUGAUAUUUUUAUUCAAUUUUAAAUAAAACCUCUAAAAACAUUUUUUUUAACUGAAAUUUCUUGCUCUGUGUGCUGUAAUUUAAAUGUAGAAGUGAAGAAUUUUUUUUCACCUUUAUUCCUGUCAACAGGCGUCAUUUGAGAAAGAAAUGGAAUGUGAUAUUGGGCGCACGUCUAUGAAAGAGUUAGGUGCACCCCUGCAACCAGUGUAAAAAGCUAGUCGGGAGCCAGAAAUCACAAAUAGAACUUGAAGCAUACGGUAUUAAUCCCUUUAUUGCUUCUAUAACGCUGCAAAUAUCCCUCAUGAACGAUUCGAUAUUUAGGCUCCAAAUUCUAUUUUACAAAUUGGCUGUAAGAACAUAAUGAAAUUUUUAUAAAGGGAUGUCAAUAUCUUAAUUAUAUUUGAAGAAACUAUCAAAAAAUAGUUUAGCAACCAUCAGUAGGCACAACAGCAGGGCUGUCAAGCUUUGCUCUCCUCGAGGUCACGCUGCAAACGUUAGCAUUUACAGCUAACUAGCUUCGUGCCUACAGUAGCAAUCUAACCCAGGCUUACUUCCAGGGCCAGGAGCAUUUUAUAGCUUCUUAAAUGUGAAGUUACAGGUUAAAAAAAGAAAUCCCUGUUCACAACUAGCAAAUCGACUGUGAUGUGUCAUGUGCAAAUAGCUCGGAGGACAGAAAGCUUGACGGGGUUAGCAGCAGAAAACGAAAGAGGAUGGAGAUUAGCGGCUGCGCAGAUGGUACAGAGAUGAAAAUCAAAUCUCAAUUUAUCCAAACUUAUUGUAUGUUUUGUCACCACUUACAAAUUCAGGGAAUUAUAAUCAAUUAUUACAAACGUUACACAUUCACUCAAACAUUUAUAAAUGUUAUGUAUAUUUUUUUACGUUAAGCCAUAUGAAAUUAAAUUCAAUGCAUCUAAGACAGAACAUUGACUCAGCUUCUACUUACACGUGAGUAAUAAGAAAAAAAU